GGCUGCUUCCGCUCAGUUCCUGCUGUGGGAGAGGAGACGGCGGCAACAUGGCGGCGCCGGGGCCUACUGAGUUUCCCGUGAAACUGAGCUAUAAGAAGUAUAAGGCUCUCCUGAGGAAGGAGAAACGGAGGAAACGGCGACAGGAGCUCGCGCGAUUGCGAGAUGCAGAAUUGUCACAGAAAGAGGAGGAGGAGGAUGCCAUUAGUGAAGAAAAACUAUUAGAAGAAGAAAGGCUGUUGGAGGAAGAGAGGCAAAGAUUACAUCAAGAAUGGUUACUGAGGGAAGAGAAGGCACAAGAAGAAUUCAGGGCAAAGAAGAAAAAAGAAGAGGCAGCUCGAAAACGGAGGGAAGAACUAGAGAGAAAGUUAAAGGCAGAAUGGGAAGAACAGCAGAGAAAAGAGCGAGAGGAAGAGGAGCAGAGACAACAGGAGAAGAGAGAAAGAGAGGAAGCUGUGCAGAAGAUGCUGGAUCAGGCUGAAAAUGAGUUGGAAAAUGGUGGCACCUGGCAGAACCCAGAACCGCCCACGGAUAUGAGAGUACUGGAGAAAGAUCGAGCCAAUUGUCCAUUCUACAGUAAAACGGGAGCUUGCAGAUUUGGAGAUAGGUGUUCACGUAAACACAACUUCCCCACAUCAAGUCCCACCUUACUGAUUAAGAGUAUGUUUACAACGUUUGGAAUGGAGCAGUGCAGAAGGGAUGACUAUGACCCUGACUCAAGCUUGGAGUACAGUGAAGAAGAGACCUACCAGCAGUUCCUAGACUUCUAUCAUGAUGUCCUGCCUGAGUUCAAGAGCGUGGGAAAAGUGAUUCAGUUUAAGGUCAGCUGCAACUUGGAACCACAUCUGAGGGGCAAUGUGUAUAUUCAGUACCAAUCGGAAGAAGACUGUCAAGCAGCCUUUUCUCUUUUUAAUGGAAGAUGGUAUGCAGGACGCCAGCUUCAGUGUGAAUUCUGCCCAGUGACCCGGUGGAAAAUGGCAAUUUGUGGCUUAUUUGAAGUACAGCAGUGUCCAAGAGGAAAACACUGCAACUUUCUUCACGUGUUCAGAAAUCCCAACAAUGAAUUUAGGGAAGCUAAUAGAGACAUCUACCUAUCUCCAGACUGGACUAGCUCUUCCUUCAGUAAGAAUUUAGAGAGGAGAGAAAGGACCAGCCACUAUGAUGAAUACCAUGGCAGGUCAAGAAGAAGAAGGAGCCCUAGUCCAGACCUCUCCUACAAAAGAAAUGGUGAAUCUGACAGGAAGAGCAGUAGUAAUCACAGGGGGAAGAAAUCUCACAAACACAUGACUAGGAAUCGUGAGAGGCGCAGUUCACCGAGUAGAGGGAGAAGAAGAGAUCACAGUCCAGGGCCCUGGAGCCAGAGCAGGAGGAGCCGCCGUAGUCGGAGCCGGAGCCAUAGCAGGAGCAGGAGCAGGAGCCGGAGCCGGAGUCAGAGCAGGAACAGGAGCAGGAGCCGGAGUCAGAGCAGGAGCCAGAGUCGGAGUAGGAACAGGAGCAGGAGUCGGAGCAGGAGCAGCAGCAGAAGCAGGAACAGGAGCAGGAGCAGGAGCUCAUCAAGGUCCAGAAGUCGCGGCAGGAGGAAGUCAGGUAGUAGAGACAAAACCACCCAGAGCCCCAAAUCUAAAUAAACUUGGUUGUUUUUAAAUGUCUGUCUUUUUAUGGCAGCUACUUACUUGUAUAGUUUGACAAGGC